AUGGGUUACAAGAAGGGCUCUCUUUCAUUCGCGUUCACUUUCAAGCGAAGUGUUGUUAAAGCGCAAGGUGAAAUUUUAACAGAAGUUGGAAGUUCAUUUCAAAAGCAUACCUUGUUACUAAUGCUAGUGUUCCAAUUAUUCACCUGGAUGAAUUACCUUGUUUCGACUUGA